AUGUCAAUGACACAGUUUGCCUACCGUACCCUAAAAACAAUUGGGUUAACGGAAGGUUAUCCUGAGUACGAAGCGUUAUCUGGUUUCAGCAGACCUGAGGGUACUCUUCGAUGUUGUACAUACUCUCCUGACGGCCGAUACUUUGCUUAUGCUUCUAAUGAAAAUGUUACACUCGUUGAUGCGAAUACCGGUUUGGUACAUCUGACGCUCCCCACACCAGCUGUACACGAAUUGGAAUUCUCCCCUAGAGGGAAUUUUAUCACCACAUGGGAACGGCCUAGUAAACUUGAGGAUGGGAACGCUGCCAAGAACCUGAAGGUCUGGCGCACAGAAAACGGUGAAUUGGCCGUUUCUUUCGUUCAGAAGGCUGUGUCUGCUUCGAGCAUUCAGUACACUUACGAUGAGAAGUAUUACGCACGAGCCACCACCAACGAGAUUGCCUUCUACGAAACUGCCAACAUGAACACAGUCUGGCAACACUUGCGGGUGGAAGGAGUUACCGAAUUUCAGCUCUCGCCGGGAGAAAACUACCACGUUGCUGUCUUUGUCCCAGAAAAGCAAGGUCAUCCUGCUAAAGCCGCUGUCUACGCGGUCCCGGAUUUCUCGGCGCCGUUGAUGCAGAAGGCGUUCUUUAAGGCGGACAAGAUUCAGUUCAAUUGGAAUAACGCGGGUACCGCCGUUUUGUUCCUCAGUCAAACCGAAGUUGACAAGACCGGCAAGAACUAUUACGGGGAGACCAAUCUGUAUUUGAUGAAUGUUACAGCAAAUGUCGAUGCUAGGGUUACCUUAGGUAUUAUUGUUAUCUCGGCGUAUAUUACUUUCGAGGGAUUCUAA